AUGGACGACGGACGGUGCGCGACUUGCGAGGCCCUCGGGCGCCGAAGCCUGUCCAGCAAACUGCUUCAGAUGGCCACGGCGCAGGCGCACAUGAAGACAUGCUCUCAUGCUUCACCAGCCGAACCGUCGCACAAUUCAGAUCUGGCGUCGCGCGCUUUAGCCGCAAAACGACGUAAAUCAAUCGCUGGCUUAAAACUAAACCUACCUCCAGAUCCCAAAGGUGGGACACCGUCGUCCCACGGCCUGCGCCUUCUAGAAGACGACGUCAUGCAAACUAAACUUAUUAAUACGAGCUACUCGUCCAUCAUGAACAAACAGGAUCUGCUGCGAGAAGUCGUCGUUAAGUACAUCGACUACUUCUAUCCUGUCGCUUCCGGGACAAGCGCCGUGGCCAUCGACAAUAAGAUCGAGCAAGCAAUGGAUCUGGUUAAGAGCCACUUGAUGUUCGCGGUGCGCGAAGAAGUUGAAGUUCUAAAGGAGCGCAUCGCCGAACUAAUGGAGAGGAUCAAUCAGCUCGAAGUGGAGAACAGUUACCUACGCGCUCACGCCAGCCAGGACACGCUGGCGCAGCUGCCGGUGGUGGGCGCGAAGCCUCCGCCGCAACCGCAGGGCCCCCAGCCGCCGGUGUCCUAA